UGCGUCAACGGCCACUUGCGGCGCGCGCGCGCUGUUUGGCGUCAGUUAGGACUGCGCUGGCUCUCCUGACGACUUCUCGGGCGCGGUCUCUGGGAUGCUGGCGGGAUUCUCCGUCGUGAAGGGAAACGAGUCUCUCUCAAGACUAUUGCCCCGCCCCCAGAAGGGUGAGGAGACGUGCUAGACUUCUCUUCCUCCAGUGGAUCCUGAACCCUGCGUCCGUCCGCGGCAGCUUGGUCAGGUGUUUGUCGCCUCGAAGAAAUGGACACUGGACAAGACCGAGUGGUUGCCCUUGUGGACAUGGACUGUUUCUUUGUUCAAGUGGAGCAGCGGCAAAACCCUCAUUUGAGGAAUAAACCUUGUGCAGUGGUGCAGUACAAAUCCUGGAAAGGUGGUGGAAUAAUUGCAGUGAGUUAUGAAGCCCGUGCAUUUGGGGUCACUAGAAACAUGUGGGCUCAUGAUGCUAAGAAGUUAUGUCCAGAUCUUCUACUGGCACAAGUUCGUGAAUCCCGGGGGAAGGCUAACCUUACCAAGUACCGGGAAGCCAGUGUUGAAGUGAUGGGGGUGAUGUCUCAUUUUGCUGUGAUUGAACGUGCCAGCAUCGAUGAAGCUUACAUAGAUCUGACCAGUGCUGUGCAGGAGAGACUAGAGAAACUACAAGGUCAACCUAUAUCAGCAGACUUGUUGCCAACCACUUACGUCGAAGGUUUGCCCCAAGGCCCUACACCAGCAGAAGAGACUGUUCGGAAAGAGGAGAUGCGUAAACAAGGCUUACGCCAAUGGCUCGAUUCUCUUCAGAUGGAUAACACCACCUCUCCAGACCUGCAGCUCACCGUGGGGGCAGUGAUUGUGGAAGAAAUGAGAGCAGCCAUUGAAAGGCAGACUGGAUUUCAGUGUUCAGCUGGAAUUUCACACAAUAAGGUCCUGGCAAAACUGGCCUGCGGACUAAACAAGCCCAACCGCCAGACCCUGGUGUCUCAUGGGUCCGUCCCACAGCUCUUCAGCCAAAUGCCUAUUCGCAAGAUCCGCAGUCUUGGAGGAAAGCUAGGCGCUUCUGUCACUGAAGUCCUAGGUGUAGAAUACAUGGGUGAACUGACCCAGUUCACUGAAUCCCAGCUCCAGAAUCAUUUUGGAGAGAAGAACGGGUCUUGGCUGUAUGCCAUGUGCCGAGGGAUUGAACAUGAUCCAGUUAAACCCAGGCAGCUACCCAAAACCAUUGGCUGCAGCAAGAACUUCCCAGGAAAAACAGCUCUGGCUACUCGGGAACAGGUCCAGUGGUGGCUUUUGCAGUUAGCCCAGGAACUGGAGGAAAGACUGACCAAAGACCGGAAUGAU